AUGGCCUCAGCGCUGACAGGCAUUCUGCGCAGCCUCGUGGUGGGCAAACCGCUCCCCGUGCGAGUCCGCAGCGGAGCCGUGGCGGUGGCGGUGGUGACCACAAUGGCGAUGGGCAUCGAUCUCGCUCCAAGGAGGCAGCCAGAGGCGCGGCGGCAAGUUCGGCAGCUGACGCCAGGCCUGCGGCAGCUGGUGGCGCUCGUCGUCCUCAUGGUGGUCAACGCUCUGCCGAUCGUGAAGGGGGCCCGCUUCAAGAAAGUGCUGAUCCGUGGCCGACAUUACCAGCAACAUCGCGACAAGCGGGUCCCGGGCAUUGUGGGUGAGGUCAACGGGCACAUUGAGGCGCUCGUCAUGGCGGUCGCCUCCAAGCAGGAUAUGGUCAACGCGCAGGUCCAAGGGGAGCUCACUGAGCUCAGGCAGAGGCAGAACAACACCGAGAAGGCCCAUGCCCAGAUGCGGGAGGCGACGGUGCCGAUCAAAGACUAUGGCAGCAUGCUCGAGUGA